AUGACUCUAAAUCAGUCAAAUCUGCAACAAGUGAUUGCAAAAUAUAGCGUCUAUCCCAAAACUGGUGAGUUUCUUAUCAUGCAACCCUUAGACUAUGAAAAGGAUCUGGAACGCCAAGUUGUUCUCAUCGUCAAAAUGACAGACCAAGGUAUACAAAAAUUAACAGCGAGUUGCAGUUUAACUCUGUCCCUUAUAGACGUCGAUGACUACAUUCCGGAAAUAGAACUUUUAGACAUGGACUCUGGUGCGGCUCAAGCAAGCUUCAAUGUACGAGGAGCUGCUGAAGAGAACGAAUCGACAUUAAGGCUUCUCACGAUGGUAUCUGUCUAG